UUCCACCGUUCUCUUUACCCAGCGGGUAGCUCUUUCUCUCUUUCCUUUGUACCCUUCUCCCCUUCCCCUCCACCUUCUCAACCUCGCCGUCGCUGAAGUUGCUGGUCGCUGUCAGCUUUACUCUCGUUAGCACAAUUUUCACCAUUCCGAGAAGCCAUCUCCCAGCGCGCGACCGUUGACCGGCGCCCGUUUACCACUAUUAAUUACCAGUUUUGACGGCUAGCCGGCAUCUCACGCUUCGCUGAGCGGGCCAGCGGAUGGGCAUUUGAACGAAGACCACGACCAAAGCAUCUACCGACAAUAAUUAAUAUCUUGUAAAAAGGCCGGUCCUUUUUUUGCAAGCCAUGAGCCUCCUACCAUCUACCACGUACCAAUCUCCGCCGCGGCUGGGCCGGGGUCGGCAGCUUAAUACCAUUCUCGAGGAAAAGGAAGACGCGAGCCAGGGGCUGAGGAGCGACAGUGAGGGAGAUGGGAGCGAUUCCACCGUCAUCGGCCGUCCUGCAGCAUGGAAUCCGGCUCUCUUUACCAUCGGCGCUCGCAAGAGUUCCCUCGCCAAACCGACCUACCCGUCCUCCCCAGGGUCUUCCUAUACACCGUCUCCUGCCAGCAGCGCCGGUGAUGGCUGCCGACGAAAUUCAGCCCGGAGUUCUCUCGCUGGUAGUGACGCAGGCACCGUGUUCAGUGACGACUGCCCAUCUCUGGCCAGCGACCCGACCAGCUUCGACUCGGAGUCCAGCAGGAGCAGCUUCGCCAGCGACAAAUCCAGCAGCCGAAACCGCUACCCGGCCCUGAUCAUACCACGAGACUCAUGGGGCUCGAUGGACUCGAGUCCGAUCAAGGAGAUCACCUUCGGCAUGUCGCCUGCUACGAAGAUUCGGCUUUCGCCCAGCGCACUCUCUGCUCUUCCCAGAGAUGUUCCCGCCAUCAAUGCCCCCCCGUCGCUCGGAGACAGCAGCGAUUCGAUUUUGGACUCGCCUUGCAACGCAGAGACCAGUGCUCCCGUCACUCCGGACAUGAGACAACUCGAGGUCGCCGAGGGGCAAGCCUGGGGCGGGCCCGCACCGACCGACCUCGCGUCACAGCCGCUCGAGAUCGCGCUUGACGAUGGCCACAGCGUGAUCUUGUCGCCGGCGGAAGCCCACUCGGCCAACUCAUACACCGCCAACAGCCACCUUCCGUCCCCGGCGGCCUUCACCGAGAUGAUUGUCAGUUUCCCGACCGUGCCAGGCGCCACCCCGCAGGAUCUGUCGCCGCUCAUGCCUACCAUCGACGAGCUGAAGGGGUUCGAGGACAAGCCGCCCUCCAAUGGAUCCGACGUGGGAGUCAGGCUUCCUCCCGAGGCCUUGCAGCUGCUGCAGCUUCUGGCCGGACAGCGAAGCAGGGACGAUGUGUCGAGCAAUUCCGGCAGUUCACGGCCGUCGAAGCGGUCUGGGCGACGACAAGAGAUGCGCGAACGGAGUGACCCGGACCCCAUAAGUCGACCACGUAGCGCCGACGGCGAGACUCCAGUGUCGGACUACAGCUUCUCGCAGCUGAGCAUUCCGUCGCCGGGAGGCUUCUUCUCAUCCCUGCAAAAUGGCUCGCGGCACACCUGGUGUCUCACCAAAUCCAAGGGGCCGAGCGUCCCGAGCACCGCCACCGCAGAGAUGUUCUAUAAUCGGCCCUGGGAGAACAGCUCCAGGGACAAUGUUGUCGAGACAGUCCUGACGGUCGACGACGACACCAGCAUGACCGAAGGCCCGCCGACAGCGAAGCAAGCCACCUUUGAUCUGGGAGCACCGGGGAAACGGAAGAGCCAGCAGUCCGAGGACGACGACUUGUACGGUCCUGCCGUGAAUGUCAGUUCCGAUCCCACCAAGCCAGCCGAAGUGGUGACAGUCAACUACGAGUACGAUGAGAAGUACUACGAAGAGCUCAAAAAGACUGCAGGCCAGAAUCUGGACCGAACGGGAACCUGGCUCGCUGCACAAACCGGCUAUCUAUCCGCAAUCCUAGACUCUGAUCCCAAUGAAGAACACCCUUGCCACACUGAAACUCUCGAUGACAACCGCCCCAAGGGCACCCGUCGGACGGUCAUGUUCGCUGACAAGACCACGAUAGACACAGCUGUGGUGGUGGCCGAACCAGAGAAAGGCAGCCCCGAUAGCGAACCCGAAACAAAAGAGCCCAUCUUUCAUUCUGCGUUCCAGCACCUCGUCGCGGUCCGCAAGCGUCGGGAUGCCUUCAUCCACUCAUCAUCCCGCCUUGAUGCGAUACAAGCUCUUCGUGUGGCGCUCCCGGAAAAGCACAUCAGCAAUCUCCUGGGCCAGCACACCCUGGUGGACGCACCACGUCCAAAGUAUUCCGGUCCAUUCAGCCAGAAUCCGCGACAGACUGGCGUGUUCGAGCGCACCGCCGAACAAAUCGCCUAUCAGGCUGUCGAACGCGAGCAGCUUGCACUUGCGUCGAUUGAGCCAUCGAAUUGGCAGAUUGAUGCGCUGAGGGCCAUGUUCAACGGCCGUCUGCUCGCCUCGGAGGCAGCCUGUCAAAGGCUGAAAACCAAGGCCACGGUUCCGUUGGACGAUGCGGCAUGCGUAGGAAGCAAACGGCACCGCAUCCUCGACCUCGGUGGUGUAGCUUCCGCGUCGUGGGCGUGGAACGCCGCUCUGGAGUGGCCGAAUGUGAAAGUGUACACCGUCAUCACCAAGGACCAAGCACGGUCUCAACGACCGGCGGAGAUGGCCAAGCCUGAAGCCCCGGCAAACCACCGCACCAUCUCGGUCCCGCACUUCUGGCAGCUACCAUUCCGCAGCGGCCACUUCGACGUCGUCUCGGCGCGGUCACUGCACGUCCUCCUCAAGAACAACCCUGUCCCUGGCGUGCCCGAGAUCGAUGAGUGGGAUCUGACGCUUCGAGAAUGCAUGCGGGUGCUAAAACCCGGUGGACACAUCGACUACAUGAUCAUGGACUCCACCAUCGCACACGCAGGGCCGCGAGCAGAGACCAUGUCCGUGGAAUUUGGGUUCGAACUCCAUCGGCGCGGCUAUGAACGCGAAGCGGCUCGAAGUUGGCUCCGGCGCUUGAAGAAAGAGGGCUUCGUCGGGGUCAAGAGAGCUUGGAUGUUCAUGCCCAUGGGACGACGGCCGGCCAAGGAGCCAGAAGAGCAACCCAAUGGCUUCACGGGAGGCUGGCAGUCAUGGCGGCAAGGGGGCAAGCCCUUCGUCCCUGCCCCGCGGCCCAUCAGCGAAGUGUCGACCAUCAGCAAGAUUGUCAAGCAAUACAUGGACGUCGAGGCCGUGCAAGGUCCCGUCGGCAGCACACAGGAUGUUGCCGACCUGACUGGCCUCCUCGGCGCCCGCAUGUGGGAGGAGUGGCUGGUCAAGGUGCGGGUGGAGUCGGGACGAGAACAGAGCCGGUGGCUCGAGGGGGUGGACGAGGUGAUUGAAGAGGGCAAGGAGCACGGCUCCGGGUGGAAAGUGCUGAUCGGCUGGGCGAGGAAGCCUAGGUCGCACAAGUUCAAGCGGACUGAAAGGGCCGAGAUCACGGUGGCGAUUGAGGAUAUGGCCGAGUUGAGCCCGAUUGAUGAGUCCAUGGAGAUGGGCAUGAUCCCCAUGGUGAUUCAAGAAUGAGACACGACACCACCCAGUUUUUUUUUUUUUACCGGCGACCCAGGUUAGGGGGGAAGGGAAAAAGAAGAUACAUCCUUUCGUUCAGACUGACUGCCUUGAAGCAUUAGCAAGUAUGGAGUUGGUGGGUUGUGGGUGGUUGAUUUUUUUUGGAACAAGGCUGGAUAUCGGACACGGGGAGAAGGCUGAAGGUUGGUUGUAUGAUACCUAGAUAAUGGGGGAUGUGUCAGGGACAUUCGCUAUUUCCUUUUUUUUUUCUUCUUCAUAGCAGUCGGUAUAUAGCGAGCUGCAUAGAUGCAGUAACUGGGUAUGUUGAUGACUACCUAUGAAA